CUUCUGAGGCCGCGCGUUGAAGUCGCGGGCGCUCAGUACGUGGUGAGGCUGAGGCGUGCGCGUAUCAUCCCCGCCGGGGCGCUCUUUAGACCUUAUUCUGUGUUUUAGUCCGAGAUUCGGGAGUUUUUGCAACAAAACAGAGGACGGAGAAGAAGAAAAAAAGCGGGCAGAACCUUUUGGGCCGCGGAGAGAUUAAGUGUGUCUUGUUGCGUUUUUCGGGUCACCCAAGGGGGGAGGAGAACGACGAAACCAACUUUGGAGCGGUUGGCGAGAAAAUCAAAGAUUUAUUCAAAUCGUGGCUUAAUUUAUUUGUUCACCGUAGUGGACACACACAAUCACGGGUGUCUUCUGUUUUGCUGUGCUGUGUAUCUCUUCCUUGUGCGGCGAGCCAUGUUGGGCAGUUGGGGCUUUUUGGGGAAAUUAAUCAUUCCACUGCUGAUGGGCGAAAUAGCACUGUUCGGACCGCAUCAACCUAACGGCAUCUUGGUGGCGAGGGCAACCGACGCAUCCAGCUCACCGGACGAUGAUGUGCCAACGAACUGUCUGGAGCACACGGUCACGUCGGGCACCUUCGACGAGUACUUCGCACUGGCGGACAUUGGAAACGAACCGUCCACCAACUAUCUCCUGAACGUUAGCUUCACAGUCCUGGUAAGCAACCGGCAGGAAGAGCUAGCCAUUCUACUGUCCGGCCAGAACCGCUCCUAUCAACAUCCCGACUUUGCACGUACCUACGAGAUGAGGCUUACGAAUGUCUACACGGUGGUCUACCGGGACACACUGAAGAUGCAGGCCUACCACAGCCCGACAGACAAACUGUUCCCAGCGGAUCGCUUCCAGCUACGGUUCCUCGUUAGCCGGGACGGCAAUCUGACCAUCCUGGUGAAUGAUAACGUGCGCCGACCAUUGCUCGCCGUCGUAGACGAACGGCAGGCCCUGGACGUACAGUACGUGAGCUUCUCGUCCCGCAUGAACGCCUAUCCGAUCCGAUUCUUUCUCGGCUGCGGUUUGCCACAGUAUAGGGCGAUCGAGGUGAUUGCCGAGACGGCAGGAUCGCCGACCAAUCUACCCCUAAAGGAUGGGUCCUGCCCCGUCUGUCCGAAGCAGCGCUGUGAGGUGGUGGUUAAGGCAUGCGCUGACACCACCAAAGACUCGAACGGGUCACCAGCGAACGGCGAUCUGGAGCAGCAAAAGUACUACUUCUACUUCAAUCUCUACCUGAUGAAGAAUCGGACCAAAUCGAACGUACUUGCUGGCGGUGGUGUACGCAAACCGACCGACGAUGGUGUUUAGCGACGUCGUUUUAAGUUUGUUUCUUCGUAUAAUAAACAUGUACAUAACUAAAA